GCCGUCAGCAGGGCGCGCCCCGGGCAGGCUCCCGCCAUGCAGGAGGCGGCGGCGGCGGCGGCGGCAACGGGGGGUGGCGGCGGCGGCGGGGGCGAGGCGGUGCCGGGCGGGACCGAGCCCCCUGCCCCGGAGCCGCCCCCCGGCAAAGCGGCCGCCUUCGACCUGCUGGGGCUGGUGCGCAGCUACCGGCGGCUGGAGCUGUACCUGGAGCCGCUGCGGGACGCCGCCCAGGCCGUGCGCUGCCUGCUCCGGUGGCAGCGGCCGCUGUGCUCAUUGCUGGCCUGCCUCGGCAUCAACCUCCUGCUGCUCACCUUGGACCGAGCCGCCUGGUACUCGGUGCUGGCCGUGCUGGUGCUGCUGCCCGCCGUGCUGGGCUACCUGCAGGAGACGUGCCGUGCCCGGCCGGCGCAGCGGGAGCUGGCCCGCAGCAGGAGGCACAGCGUGCGCAGGGAGGAGCUGCGCAGCGUGCGCCUGUCCCGCCAGGAGGCCCUCGCCCAGGUCAAGGGCUUCCUGAUCCAGCUGGAGGGCUUCCUGAGCGCGCUGUGCUGCAGCUGCGAGGCGGCGCACCGGGUGCUGUACUGGGAGAACCCCGCUGUGUCUUCCCAGUUCUACGGGGCGCUGCUGGGCUCUGUCUGCAUGCUCUACCUGCUGCCGCUCUGCUGGGUCAUGGCCAUCCUCAACAGCACCCUGUUCCUGGGCAACCCCCAGUUCUACCAAGUGAUGAAGGAGCUCAAGGCCUCCAUCGAGCAGUGUCUGGGCACCAAACCCCUCCAGAGUGCCCCGGAGCCUGCCGAGCCCCUGCCUGCUGCUGCCCCCCCGGACCGGACCCCCACGCCCACCAGCACAGAGGACCUUACCCCUGGCAGCGUGGAGGAGGCAGAGGAGGCAGAGCCUGAUGAAGAGUUCAAGGACGCUAUCGAGGAGAACCAGCUGCUGGUCCUGGAGGACGACGAGGGCUCUCAGUGCUCAGCAGACUUCGACCUCAGCCUCCCGGACAACGGCUUCAUGAGCAAAAACGACGUGAUCCGCAGCAAGGUGUCGCGCCUGACCGAGCGCCUGCGCAAGCGCUACCCCAGCAAUAAUUUUGGGAGCUGCACGGGCUGCGGAGCCACCUUCUCAGUGCUGAAGAAGAGGCGGAGCUGCAGUAACUGUGGGAACAGCUUCUGCUCCAGGUGUUGCUCCUUCAAAGUUCCCAAGGCCGUGAUGGGAGCCACGGCCCCGGAGGCUCAGAGGGAGACGGUGUUCGUGUGCGCGCUGUGCAACCAGGUGCUCACCAAGUGACCGCUCACCAAGCUCCUGGGCCCCUGCCCAGUGAUGGAGCAGCCGUCCUCCCUCCUCCUGGCCCUACCUCCACCUCCUGGCAGGGGCAGAGCAGCCUGAGCGCUGUGUGGGGUGGGGUGGGUGUUUUUGGGAUCAAGUCGGAGCUCUGCCUGCGUUCCCAGGAGCCGUGACCUCGGUCCUGGCUUGGCUCAUCCCUCCCGCGCUCCUUGGCCUCGCUGCCUUCAGGUUUAGCCCCCGUCCCCCUCCCCGUUUGGCUGUAGCCGAGGGUCAGCGAGGGCUGGGCUGCGGCGAGAGCCCUCUGCGUUGGUGCUGCUCUGUGCGUAGUGACUGCUGCUUCUGCUGCAGGUACCGGCUGUGUCCGUAGGGGAUGACCAAUAAAGCUCUUGCCACCAGCCAGA